AUGCAAACGGACGAGUGUCCGCUCUUUGUCCGCGCGCGACCCAUUUCAGACCCAAAUUCGGGCCAGAUUUGCACCGGCGCGGACACGGAGCGUAUGCAUGCGAUGCCCGCCCUUGUCCAGCCUCUUGGACCACCAGUCUAUGGCACAUCCACCCCCAUUUCCCUUCCUUCCCAAAAGACCUCCCGCCCACUUGCUCUCCCGGCUGCUUGCCAUGCGCGACGCGUCGAACCCCGACGACGCCAUCGACCUCGCCUCCACCAUCAACAUGCCCCGCGCCGUCCGCAAAAAGGCGGUGCCGCCCAAGAAGGUGUUGAUGGACGCGUGACGGGUCGUUCCACCAAGAGGGCUGGCCGGAGACAGGUGCAUGCCGACAAGCUGGAAGCUGCGGCGGCGGCCGCUGCCCAACAGAAGGCCGCCAAAAGAAGAGUAAAUGAAGGCGUACAUGGAGAUGCGAGUGAAAAAGCUCGAGAUAGAGGCGGAGAUGCAGGCAAAGAAGAUCGAGAUGGAGGCGGGGAUGCACGUGAAGAAGCUAGAGAUGGAGGCAGACGUGCAAGCGAAGAAGGUAGAGGUCAAGGCUGCCAAAGCCAAGACCAAAACAAAAGAAGUGGCGCCCGCUUGCAUGAUGGAGGUGAAGAUCAUUACGAUGUACUUGAGCAUGGUGUUCUCGAGGAAGAAGCCUUGCUUCGAGAAGAUGCAGAGGGAGAUGCUCAAGCUUGA